AUGAGACCCGAAGCGGCGGCGGGAGCACAAGAGGCGCGUGGACACCGAUGCCACUGCCUGGUGGACGGUCCCGGAAGGCCACUGCCACCGCGUGGGCCCGAGAGCUCCACACCUUGGAGACCUUGGAGCCUCACAUCUGGAGAUGCUGGACAGAUGAGAACUGGAAGACAGCUUGAGCCUGGGGGUGACCAACAAACUUUUGGAUCGAAGGGGGCCUUUGGGUUUCAGCAUCCUGUAAGACUUUAUUUACCCAUUUCAAAGUGCCAAGAAUAUCUGCAGAGUUCCGGGGAGAAAGUGCUGGCCAGUUUCCCAGUGCAAGCCACAAUUCACUUCUACAAUGAUGGGUCUGAUUCAGACGAUGAAGAAGGAGAGGAAGAGAUGGAGGAGCCUUCUGCACUUCAUUGCCAGGAGGCAGAAGACCGUGUAGGAAGUGAUCCAGGGGGGAAGUGCAGGGAGCUUUUGAUGCACCAAAAAGAGAGAUGCCAAGGGAGCAGAGGCCUCCAUGGGAAAGAUCUGCUGUCCCUUGGUGACACUUCAGGGAAAGUUGAGUCCUUCUCACCCAAAUAA